AUGGAUGCUGACGCCAUGGGGACGAUGGAGGUGGCAGCGCUCGGUCGACCUUUCAGCCUCGGGAUGCUGUAUGACUGCCUUAAAGACUCACUCAUCCCUGGCAUGACAUUGUGGGACCUUAAUGAUCUGAAAAAUUAUAUACAAGAAAGACCUCAGCACUACAACAAUUUUGACAUAGUUGCAUCUGAAUCAAUUGCAGAUAAAUCUUCAGCGUUAAAUGUUGAAGCAUCCCUGAAGGCAAGUUUCUUAGGUGGACUAGUAGAGGUUGGAGGAUCUGCCAAAUACCUGAAUGAUAGUAAAACAUCCAAAAAUCAGUCCAGAGUAACACUGAACUACCAAGCAACCACAAAGAUGCAGCAACUGUCAAUGAAUCAACUUGGAAAAGUCAAGCAUCAAAAUGUCUUUGAUAAAGGAAUAGCAACACAUGUAGUCACAGCUAUCCUUUAUGGGGCACAAGCCUUCUUUGUCUUUGACCGUGAGGUGUCUGAUGAAGAAAGUCAUCAAGACAUUCAGGGCAACUUGAAGGUGAUGAUCAAGAAAAUCCCCAGCCUCUCAAUAGAGGGGGAAGGUUCCUUGAAAAUGAACGAUAAGGACAUUGAAAAGGUGGAGAAAUUCUCCUGCAAAUUCCAUGGAGACUUUUUACUGCAGAAAACUCCAACAACCUUUCAGGAUGCUGUACAAGUUUACCAAAGCCUGCCACAGGUGCUGGGAACCAAUGGAGAAAAUGCUGUGCCAAUGAAGGUCUGGCUGCUGCCACUUGUGACUUUAGAUUCAUCUGCUGCUAAACUCGUCCGUCAGAUAAGUUUAGGAUUAGUGCAAGAAUGCCAGAGUGUCCUGGAGGACUUCACUGAGCUGGAAAUGAGAUGCAGUGAUGCCAUAAGAACCACCACUGCACAGCAGUUCCCACAGAUUGGUAAAAAACUUAAAACUUUUAAAGAAGUUUUCUCUGAGUUCAAACUAGACUUCCAACAAAACUUGGCAAAGAUACUUCCAUCAAUCCGGGGAGGAGGGGAAGAGGAGGCUGUGCUGGCCGAGAUCCUGAAGAAGAGACGUUCUUCUCCUUUCAACAACACAAGCCUGAACAAGUGGAUGGACUGUAAAGACAGAGAAAUCUACACUUUACAGUCUUUCACCGACAAGAUGAAAAACACAAAGAUUGUCCCAUCUCAAAAUGAAUUGUACAAGGAAACUCUCAAUGCAGAACAUGCUGUGUGUUUUGUCUUCACCUCACUGGGAAGUGCUGAACCGUACCUCUCAGCUUUAUCAAACUACUUAAAACAAAAACCCAAAGCAGACGACCCUCAAGAUCCACGUUGUCAUGACAUAGAGAAGGAACAAUGGUACGCCUCUAAAGAAGUAUCAGAUGCAACAAGGAUCAAAACAAACCUGUUCAGUGAUUUUGCAGAAGCCAACAAAGAGAAUGAGAACAUAAAGUUCCUGACAGUGGGUUUAACAAAUGAGACACAGAAAGGUUCAAGCAUCUACGUUUAUAAAGACGGCUUUACUGUCAGUGAGAACUAUGAGCCUCCUUCAAAGCCUGAAACAGUGACAGCAGGUGAUGUAACCCACAACAGUGUGACACUGAAGAUCUCUCCACCAAGAUUUGGAGCAGAGAACAUCACCUCCUACUGUGUAGAGUACUGUGUCAGUGGAGAGGAUGGAUGGAAACAAACAACAGCAGCAAAAGCUGAAGAAGUCACAGUGAGCGGUCUGACUCCUAACACAGAGUAUAUGUUCAGAUGCAGAGCAGUGACCUCAUUAGGUGUUGGACCAGCUGGUGUAGUCAGUGGUCACAUUAAACCUUUACCUUGCAGCCCUCCUGGAAAACCUCAAGUUGAAACAAACUCCAGUGAGAUAUCAGUUAGCUGGGGGAAACCUGCAGAGAUCGGACAAGAUGUCCACAUUUUGAGUUACAUCGUGGAGUACGCCCAAACAGAGAAAGAGGUGAAAGAAGAUCUCCAGUGGGACCAAAUGGUGUCAAGAGCUGAAAAGGGGAUAAUUUCAGGUCUUCAGUCAGAGACAGAAUAUGCUGUCAGAGUCAGGUGUGACUGUGGUGAAGCUGGUAGAAGCAAAGAAAGCAUCACUGUGAAUGUCUGCACAACAAAAUAUACACGACUCGCAGAAAUUCUCAUACGUGAAAGCGAAACCAUAAAUUGUGGAUCUCCCUCAAUUUACAAACUGCCCCUGAAAGAAGAAGACAUGGACAUAGAUGGUUGCCAGAAGUAUAACUUUGGUAAUGAAAGCAUGAGACAUAAUCGUACUAUAAUGCUUUUUGGAGCGACCGGAUCAGGAAAGUCCACUCUCAUCAAUGGAAUGAUCAACUACAUUGCUGGAGUAGAGUGGAAGGAUGAUUUCAGAUUGAAAUUAGUUGAUGAGGAUCAGUCCAAAUCACAAGCUGAAAGCCAGACCUCUGAAGUCACUGUGUACAAAAUCAAUCAUCAAGACGCGUUUAAAACCCCCUUCUCUCUGACCAUUGUGGACACUCCAGGCUUUGGAGAUGCAAGUGACAAUGAAAGAGACAAAGAAAUCACCAACGAGCUACAUAAUCUCCUCUCUACUGAGACCAUCAGUGAAAUUGAUGCUGUGUGCUUCGUAGUUCCAGCUGCAUCAGAACAACUCACAGCAUCACAGAAAUAUAUGUUUGAUUUUGUGCUUUCAAUCUUUGGCAAAGAUGUGGCAGAAAACAUCAGAGUUCUGGUGACAUCUGCAGACAGUCAACAUCCACCAGUUCUAGAGGCGAUCAAUGAAUCAGGUGUCCCAUGUCCUAAAACAAAAGACGGGCUGCCAGUUCACUUCAAAUUCAAUAACUCAGCGUUAUUUGCAGACAACAAAUCAUCUGCAGCAAACAGCUCAGAUGAAGAUGAUGAAGAUGAUGAAGAUGAUGAAGAUGGAGGCUUUGAUCAGAUGUGCUGGAACAUGGGGACAGAAGGUGUGAAGAGUUUUUUUGCUGCUCUUAAUUACAUAGACACCAAAAGCUUGAAUAUGACAAAGGAAGUCCUCAGAGAAAUAAAGCAGCUUGACAAUUCAGUGAAAACUUUGCAGAAGCAGGUUAAAAUUAUGGUGGGUAAGAUUGAGGAGAUAAAACAGACGUCCAACAAAUUGAGAGAACAUGCGGCAAAGAUCAGCAACAAUGAGAAUUUUGAGUUUGAGGUUACUGUCACAAAGUUUGUUCAAGAAGAUAUUUCUGUCGUGUCAGGACUGCAGGUGCAAAUUAACUAUUGA